GCAUUCUUCCUGGUCUGCUCACAGCCCUGGGCCCCCAGUGAAGAGACUUGCUGGCAGGGCUGCCGACUUGCUGCCGGUAGAUCAGUGCUGUAAGGCAAAGUUAUUCCUAAAUGAGCUGAGCCUGGCAGGAAGAAAGCAUUUGCACCCCACACUACUGUGCAGGUGUGGUGAGCUCACAGCUGCCCCCCAGGCAUGCCCAGCCCACUUAAUCAUUCACAUCUCGACAGCUUUCCAGCCCAGCCCAGUUCUGGAGGGGAUAAAAGAGGUUUGCAGUUCACGGUAACAGCCACCUCUGCCUCCUCCUGAGCUCUGUUCUCACCAGCACUUUUCAACUUCUUCAGUGUCCAGUGCUCUUCUUGCUCUACCAGGAACAAGCCAUCAUGUCUCGUCAAUCCAGUGUGUCCUUCAGGAGUGGGGGCAGCCGGAGCUUCAGUGCUGCCUCGGCCAUCACCCCAUCCGUCUCCCGCACAAGUUUCAGCUCUGUGUCCCGGUCUGGGGGUGGUGGUGGUGGCUUUGGCAGGGUCAGCCUUGGUGGGGCUUGUGGAGCUGGUGGCUUUGGCAGCCGGAGCCUCUACAACCUGGGAGGCUCCAAGAGGAUCUCCAUCAGCGCUAGUGGCGGCAGCUUCAGGAACCGAUUUGGUGCAGGUGCUGGAGGCAGCUAUGGCUUUGGUGGUGGAGCCGGGAGUGGAUUUGGUUUCGGCGGUGGAGCUGGUGGUGGCUUUGGGCUUGGUGGUGGAGCUGGCUUUGGAGGGGGCUUUGGUGGCCCUGGCUUCCCCGUCUGCCCUCCUGGAGGCAUCCAAGAGGUCACUGUCAACCAGAGCCUCCUGACUCCCCUCAACCUGCAAAUUGACCCCACCAUCCAACGGGUGAAGACUGAGGAGAGGGAGCAGAUCAAGACCCUCAAUAACAAGUUUGCCUCCUUCAUCGACAAGGUACGCUUUCUGGAGCAGCAGAACAAGGUCCUGGACACCAAGUGGACUCUGCUCCAGGAGCAGGGCAACAAGACUGUACGACAGAACCUGGAGCCCCUCUUUGAGCAGUACAUCAACAACCUCAGGAAGCAGCUGGAUAGUAUUCUUGGGGAGAGAGGCCGCCUGGACUCUGAGCUGAGGAACAUGCAGGACCUGGUGGAGGACUUCAAGAACAAGUAUGAAGAUGAAAUCAACAAGCGUACUACUGCUGAGAAUGAGUUUGUGAUGCUGAAGAAGGAUGUGGAUGCUGCCUACAUGAACAAGGUGGAACUAGAGGCCAGAGUCGAUGCAAUGAUGGAUGAGAUCAACUUCCUCAAGCUCUUCUUUGAGGCGGAGCUGGCCCAGAUGCACAGUCAUGUCUCGGACACGUCUGUGGUGCUGUCCAUGGACAACAACCGCAACCUGGACCUGGACAGCAUCAUCUCUGAGGUCAAGGCCCAGUAUGAGGACAUUGCCAACCGCAGCCGGAUGGAAGCUGAAUCCUGGUACCAGACCAAGUAUGAGGAGCUGCAGCAGACAGCUGGUCGGCAUGGUGAUGACCUCCGCAACACCAAGCACGAAAUCUCUGAGAUGAACCGCAUGAUCCAGAGGCUCAGAGCUGAGAUCGACAAUGUCAAGAAGCAGUGUGCCAAUCUGCAGAGUGCCAUUGCUGAUGCUGAGCAGCGUGGGGAGCUGGCUCUCAAAGAUGCCAGGAACAAGCUGGCUGAGCUGGAGGAUGCCCUGCAGAAGGCCAAGCAGGACAUGGCCCGGUUGCUGCGUGAGUACCAGGAGCUGAUGAACACCAAGCUGGCCCUGGAUGUGGAGAUUGCCACCUACAGAAAGCUGCUGGAGGGCGAGGAGUGCAGACUGAGUGGAGAAGGAGUUGGACCAGUUAAUAUCUCUGUCGUCACGAACAGUGUCUCCUCUUCCUACGGCGGUGGCAGUGGCUUUGGCGGUGGCCUCGGUGGUGGCCUCGGUGGUGGCCUCGGUGGUGGCCUCGGUGGAGGUCUUGGCGGUGGACUUGGUGGAGGUGGCAGUGGGAGCUACUACACCAGCAGUGGUGGGGGUGUCGGCCUGGGCGGAGGCCUCAGUGUCGGGGGCUCUGGCUUCAGUGGAGGCAGUGGCCGAAGCCUGGGGAUGGGCUUCAGCAGUGGUGGUGGUGGUGGCAGCAGCUCCAGCGUCAAAUUUGUCUCCACUACUUCUUCUAGCCGGAAGAGCUUCAAGAGUUAAGAGCCCUUAUCCAAGUCACUGCUUCCAAGUGCAGCAUCCCAGCCCACAACGACUGCCUGUUCUAGGGAGUUGCCCAAGCCAAAGUUUUCUCUUUUCUGGAGUGUAGUCUAGACCAAUCUUACUGCAGAACCACAUUCUUUAGUCCACUAGAGUGCCCAAUCCCCAAACUCUAGUCUUCCACGUCACAAUUUUAUGUUCUGCUUCAAAUCAGUCUUUAGGUCCCUACAGCAUCGUCCUUGAUAGAAAAGAAUAGAAAGUUUUCCAGCGUCUAAACCAUCACAACAGAAUCCCCACCCCAACCCCCUAGUUAAUUCUAACUACAUCCAGGGUGUGUUCAAAUAAAAUGCUUUUAUAAUAUAA